AUGAAGUUCAUAAUAAGCUUGAGUGUACAUGAUGCCUUGGUGAUAGAUAGUGGUUCAGGGCAAUUGAAGAGGGAAAUUGACCAAAUAAGCUCAAGUAAUGAGGCAAUUAAUGAGGCAAAUAAAACUCUUGCCAGCGAAGUUGACAAUUUAGGUAAGUGGAAUGCCGCCGCCAGGGAAGUGAUUCACAAGGCCAACGAGAAGUGUGAGGAGAUACUUAAGAAAGUUAAGACAGAUAAAGGUUCUCCAGGUCCGAUUUAUGAGAACGCUAAAACAUUGAAUGAGAAGGCUCAGACACUUUUGAAGGCUGCGAAGGAUGCUAAGCAGGCUGUUGAGCUGAACGUCACUGAAGCCUUGCAGGCUGUCGUGGCCAUGGACAAUACUCUUAAGAUGGAUUUGUUUAAUGUCAAAAGGCAGGUUCAAUUAGGGAUAGGAAAUGUGAUUGACAGCUUGGGAGUUUUGAAGUUGGAUGAAGAAGUGAUGAAGGAUUUGGGGGAGUUGAAGGGGAAUAUUGAGGGGCUUGGAAAUAAGACUGAUGAUAUUGUAAGUGGGCAGUUGACACAACUUCAGUCAGCCAAGGAAGAGUUUAAUAAGAAUGCUGUUGAAAAAAUUAAGACGGCAGAACAGGGGCUUGAGAAGAACUUUAAUGAGCAUAUUCAAAAGCCGAUUAGCGACAAAGUCCAAGAAGUUGAGUCGGCGAUUGGGACGCUUGGCGGUAAGUUUGCUGACCUCGGAACGGAGGAGCAAAAGAAACUUGAAAAGAUUUUCGAGCAUAUUCAUAAAAAGGUUGGGGAGAUUGUUAGCGGUAAGAAUGGUAGAGGCAUGAAAACAGGUCUGUCUGCUGUUGUGGAAAAAGUGAGGGGUCUUGCUGGGCUGUUCAAAGGACCAUCACAGUUUGAGCAUAAAGUACAGGGAUGGGUUGAGAAUAAUAUUUUGAAGGUGGACCCGAUCAAAACCUUUAUUGAGCAAUAUGUCGGGGACAACGGUAAGGAGAAGUUUCAUGGGAACUAUGGAAUGAAAAAGAAUAACGAUGCAGUCUACACGGACCUCAACAACCAAAUCGCGAUAGUUAUUAAGCAACAGCUUACGAGCGAAGCUGGAGCGGCCGGUGAUGUGGUGAAAAGCCAAUUCGAUGCUGUCGAUUCCCACUCCAACGAAAAAAUUAAAGGCUACGUUACCGCUCUUAAGGAGGGUUGCAACACAUUUGUUAAGGAAUUCGAGAGCAGACUUAAGGCGGACAAAAUUGAUCAGUUUCCAGAUACGAUUGAUACGCUUGUAGAUGCGGUAGUCCAAAAGAUUACUAGCGCAGUGAAGAACGGUUCCCCCGCGCCUGACACAAAGUAUCUCAUCCCCGCCGUCCAAGGCGCUGUAAUCCAGCUGCUGGUCGUGGCCAGGCAGGUUGCCGUAGAACUUGGAUCGUUCGCCCUGAACGCAGACAACAAUCAUUUAAGCCUUGCAGAUAACGUUGAUAAUGCCCUUAAAGUAGCCACGGAACUUGACAGGCAGCUUACUGCGGCGACACAAAUCCCUAAACCAGGCGGCCCCAACGAAAGCCCCGCCCAAGCCGUGGACAGUAAGUUGCAGGCGGUGAGGAGUGAUGUGGAUACCGGGAUUGCCAGCAGAUUUAAAUCUGACGUCACAAAAGAUCUUCAAGAAGCGGUGGACAAACUUCCUGAAGCCGUUGAGCAGUUCAACACUGAAGCUCAAACUCAGAUCAAGGAGGCGGCCACGACGGCGAUUGACAAGGCGGCUGAGCAGAUUAGCAAAACUGGUCAAAUAAAAUUUAGUGACGAUUUCAUGAAAGAAUUCAACACUCAGUUCACUAAAAUAACUCAUCCCACAACUGGUCUCAAAAGUGAAAUUGAGAAGAAAGUUGAUGAGCACAUUGGGCAGGAUGAUCCGGCAAGUGGUCCAGCUGAGAAAGUCAAAAUUAUUGAUACAAAUUUUACGAAUUACAAUGGUCACGUUAAACAAGAAAAGUCUAAGAACGUUACGGUAGAUAACCUAGAAAACUUACAAGGCCAACUUCCACUGGCGAUCGGGAAGAUUAGCGAUGAGGGUCUGAAACCUUUCGGUGAGAAUGGUGUCAAGGAUACACUCAACGCGGGAGCAACAACCUUCACCGUUCCGUUCGGCAUAAUUAAGACAGAGCUUGGAGAGAUCAAGAAAUUGGUUGAGAAUAAGCCGGUAGGCGGAAAUUUCAUUGACGGUUAUAAGGAUGACCAAAAAGGAGUUAAAACACUUUUGUAUGAUCUUAAAGAGUGGCUUAGUGAUAAAAAUGGCCACGCCAUUUGGUAUGGUUUUCCUAAGGGACUGCAACAAAUUGAAAAGGCGAUUGACAGAAUGCAAACAGGGACGUUCCAAAACCAACCCGCUGCAAUCGACUUAGCCGUCAAAGCAAUUAGGCAGGAGCUUAAAACUCUGAGAACUACGUUAAAAACUGAAAAUGGUAAAAAAGAUGAAGAUGUCAUUGAAAGGCUGAAACACAUGAAGGACGAGGGGCUUGGUGACCAGAAUGACUGGACACCGAACGGUCAACCUCUCAGUGGUCUUGGGAAAAUCGAGAGUGAGCUUCAAGAGCAGAAUAAGCAACUGGGCGAGCAAACCAAAAUUAUUGGAGAUAACAUGACUAUACUCGUAAGAAAAAUUAAGUUGGAACUUGCAAAGAUCGGAUACAAGUUGGAAAACCUAAACACCGACGAUGACGUUAUGGACAAUUUGAAAAAACUAAAAGAAAAGAUUGGCCAAGGUAAAGCAGAAAAUGGAAAUCUUCAAGAAAUUCAAAAGGCAAUUAAAAGCCUUCACUACGAUCCGUUCAAUACACAUCCCACUACAAUCGGUAAAGCCAACUCAGCAAUUAAAACAGAACUCACUACCCUUCAAAAUGUGCUGCAGGGCAAGCCAGGCGACGAUGUCCUUGCAACGCUGAACGAUUUGCAGAACAAUGGUCUUAAUAAUGGUGACUGGGAUACUCAAAAAGAUGCCAAGGGCCUUCAAACCAUCGAAAAUGAUCUCAAAGGUCAACAAACUACGUUGUCCUCUCAACCCACUGAAAUUCAGACUGGCGUCCAGUCAAUCACCCAGUCGCUUAACAGGCUUCAGAAGCAGUUGAACACUGAGGUCACCAAAAAGUUGGAUGACUUGAAAAACCAUGGCCUUGAAAAAGGUGAUACAAAAUGGAAUGAAGGUAACAAUAUCAAUGGCCCCGUAAAGAUCAAGAAUUAA